AUGAAGUCAGCAGUCCAAGAGGCCAAGGUCAUCGGGGAGGCAGCCCACAGCCAUGCCCUGGAAUGUCAGCCACCGUCCCAGGGCGCGGGGGAACCGCUGUGGGGCGCGCUGCAGCCCUGUGAUGAGCGCCGCUGCUGCUUGGCAUUCCCCCUGGGAGCGCUGAUGCCAGUGACCUCGGUGUGCCUCAGCCUGUUCGCCCUGGGUAUGAGCGGCAACUUGGUGACCUUGAUGCUGAUCGGCUACCGCGACGUGCGGACCACCACCAACCUGUACCUGGGCGGCAUGGCGGUGUCCGAUCUGCUCAUCCUGCUUGGGCUCCCUUUCAACCUGUACCAUCUGUGGCGCUCGAGGCCCUAGGUGUUCGGGACACUUCUCUGGCGCCUGUCUCUCUACUUGGGCGAGGGCUGCACCUAUGCCACGCUGCUGCACGCGACAGCACUCAGUGUUGAGUGCUACCUGGCAAUCUGCCGCCCGCUGCGAGCGCGGGUCGUCCUUGUCACCCAGAGCCUCAUCGCCGCGCUUUGGGUAGUGGCAUUGCUCUUAGCAGGGCCCUUCUUCUUUCUGGUGGGCGUCCAACAGGAUGUCCUCCCCGGCCUCUCUGCAGGUCAACCCCUCGAUCCGGGUCCCGCCGCCUUCGGGUCCUCGUGGACACCAGUGCUGUCCCUGCCAUCUUUCGGAACCGAGGCUGUGGAGGCUGCAGCGCUGUUAUGUGAGUGCGAUCCAAGCACCGCGCAGCUCGAGGAGCUGAGCAUCAGGUUGUGGGUCACCACUGCCAACUUCUUCCUGCCCUUCCUAUGCCUCAGCAUCCUCUAUGGGCUCAUCGGAUUCGAGCUGUGGAAAAGCCGGUCCCCCGGGGAGAUAGCUUGUUGGUCUUUCCAUACUGACAGAAUCAUUUACAUGAACACUGAAGAUUCCCCGAUGAUGAGCUUCUCUCAGUACGUUAGUUACUUGUCCGUGUUCAACAACCCCAUCCUCUCUAAUCUCAUUUCCAAGAAGCACAGAACAGCUAUCUGGAAACUGCUUCUGACAAGACAGCUCAGGCUGGGGAGUGGGCGUGGGGAAAUAUCUGUAGAAGUGGAGAUAAGGGGUGGCAGUGCAGACCAUGGACAUCCACCUGGCCUCCAGCGGCAGCAUGGGCCAGACAUUGGCAUGGCCUCCGGUGGCAUGGAUAUCAGCACGUCCUCUGACUAUAGCAUGGAUCAAGGAUACCAAGACAGCCUUUGA